AUGAUGGCCCAUUUCAUCCAACACUUAUUCAGCAAGCCAUCUGUAUCCCUUCAGAUUCUCUCCGAUCUUCAUUUGGAGAUAAAUCAGCAAUACACAUUGUUUGACGUGCCAGUCGUCUCUAAGUACCUACUGCUGGCCGGGGAUAUUGGGCGUUUAGCAGACUAUGAUCAAUAUCUUGCUUUCCUUCAAAGGCAAACGAAAAACUUUGAGUUGGUUUUUCUUAUCCUCGGCAAUCAUGAGUUCUAUGGGGGGUCCUUGGAGUCUGGACUUGAAACAGCUAGGCGGCUUGAACAGGACCCGUCUCUAAAUGAACGAUUCGUUUUGCUCCACCAGAGACGAUAUGAUAUCCCAGACACCAAUGUCACCAUAUUGGGGUGUACCCUUUGGUCUGAUAUACCGGAAAAUUCUAGAGAUAUUGUCCAUUACAAAAUCCAGGACUUCCAGAAGAUCGAGGAUUGGACGAUAGACGAGCAUAAUGCGGCACACAAGUCCGACUUGAAUUGGUUACGUGAAGAAGCCCAGUCAAUUUAUUAUACCCACAAGAAGAAUCCUACGAAAUCAUCAAAACGGUCCAUACUGGUCGCUACACACCAUGCACCCACUAUGCACCGUACGUCGAGCCCACAGCAUGCGCACAAUCCUUGGAGUGUUGCAUUCGCCACAGAAUUGUUGACACAACCGUGGAAUGGCGUGGACACUUGGGUAUUUGGGCAUACGCAUUAUUCAACGGAGUUUAAGGAGAAGGGGAUUAGGGUUGUGAGUAACCAACGGGGUUAUGUACUUCCAUGGAGCAACGAGGCCAAAGAAUUUGAUGCAAAGAAGGUCAUCUGGAUGUAA